AUGUCUUCAAUUCGUUUUGUUCGCGCUUUUUCUUCACGUGCUAAUGCAGUAAAGUUUGUUGCUAAUGCAACACGCCCAAAAGCUGUUAAAGCUGUUUCAAAUACAACUUCUCUUCGUACUUUUGCCAUUCCAAGUUUAAACCGUCAUUAUAAUACUCAAAAAUCACCACCACAACAGCCAGAACAAAAAAGUAAAAGUGGUAGUAGAAGGGCGCUAAUUUUUUUAGGAGCUGGUCUUAUAGGAGUGGGAACAGGAUAUUAUUUUUAUAGUACCGACAAUUCUUCGGAAGUUUCUCCUACUACCAUAGCGCAGGAAACUCCUGAUUAUCAAAAAAUUUAUAAUCAAAUAGCUGAUAUUCUAGAAGAAAAUGAUUGGGAUGAUGGUUCCCUCGGACCAAUUUUUGUUCGCCUUGCAUGGCACGCAUCUGGCACUUAUGACAAAGAAACAAAUACCGGUGGUAGUAAUGGUGCUACUAUGAGAUUUGCUCCUGAAUCCGAUCAUGGUGCUAAUGCUGGACUUAAGCAUGCUAGAGAUAAAUUGGAAUCUAUUAAACAAAAAAAUCCUGCAAUAACUUAUUCUGAUCUAUGGAGUUUAGCUGGUGUUGUUGCUAUUCAAGAAAUGGCAGGUCCGAUAAUUCCAUGGAUUCCUGGACGUAAGGAUGCUGAUGCCGCAACAGCGUGUUCUCCAGAUGGCCGUCUUCCUGAUGCUUCCAAAGCUAGUAAAUCAAAACUUGACUUACAAGGUUUUAAAUAUAGCGAGAUUGUAGCGCUUGCUGGAGCUCACGCUCUAGGUCGUUGCCAUCCCGAUCGUAGUGGCUUCCAAGGUCCUUGGACUUUUAGUCCUAUCACAUUUACAAAUGGUUACUUUACUGAACUUUUGAAAAAAAAAUGGGUUGAUAAAAAAUGGAAAGGUCCAAAACAAUUUGUUGACAAAGAGACUGGUGAACUUAUGAUGCUUCCUGCUGACAUGGCUUUAAUUCAGGACAAAAAUUUUAAGACUUGGGUUGAGACAUAUUCUAAAGAUGAAGCAUUAUUUUUCAAAGAUUUUGCUGCUGCAUUUCAUAAACUUGAAGAAUUGGGUGUACCAAGGACUGGGAAUGAGAAGGUUUAUAAUUUUAAGCGAACUGGUGAAAAUUAG